AUGGGGGCGGCAGCAUCUACUGCAAGAGAAAAUCUGGGUGCAACGGCAGUAGACACAGCAGUAGACGAAGCACCAUUAACGUGCAAACUCAAUAACGACCAAGUGGCGGUGUUAGCGAACAGUACUAACUUUACGCCGGAGGAAGUGAUCGCCUUAAACGUACACUACGAUCUCAUCAGCUCGGCGAAGCGAGACGACGGGCUGAUCAACCGCAGCGAGUUCCAGUCGGCGCUAGGCUUCACUGUGAAGGAGUCGCUGUACGUGGAUCGCAUAUUCCAGCUCUUUGACACCAACAGCGACAACUGCAUAAGCUUCGACGAGUUCCUGCAGAGUGUAUCAGUCCUGUCGUUUAAGGGCGGUACGGCCGAGAAGAUUAAAUGUGCGCCUGACACUUACUUUGCUUGUUGUUGA